AUGCCCACAGAAGCUGAAAACAAGGUCAAAUCUUGGGGCUUCACCCACGUCUUUACCUGGACUGAUGGCCCAAACGCUCAUUAUCCGCCACACACCCAUGCUGGGCUUACCACUCAUCUCAUUACCAACGGAGAUAUGACCCUGUGGUACCCGGACGAUCCAUCACCCGAAAAGAUUACCUUUGGCGUCGGUGCGCGCGUGGACGUGGACGCUGGCCGAGUACACCAAGUGCAAAUUGGCAGUCGCGGAUGUACCUACGUCAUCGGAGAAUAG